AUGAGCAAAAUCAAGCACGAAGAAGAUCUGGAUAGAAUGAACACGGUCACCGACGACGACCUCAGCGGGACCGAAGUUAUGCCGCAGAGAAAAGGCCCUCGAGAGUACUACACCAUACGCGGCGAGCUGUGCGUUCCAUGCCUCCGACUGAUGCUCUCGGACUUAAGUGUGGCCUGUCUCCGGGAUUCUGACCAGAGUAAAUGCCGUUGUUGUGUGAAAAAUGGUCGGCGAUGCAAAAAGGUACCCAACCAAUUUGAUGACGAGGUCCGAAAACUUUUCUGGAAGACUCCCAAGGCCCAGCGAAGCCUCCAUGCAAACGUGCUGCUAUCCAAAACCCUGCACCUGUUUGAUCAGCAGCGGAAAGCGCAGACCCCAGCUCUUGCACACAAGACUCCAAACCAGGAACCUCGUGCCUGA